GGGAGGGAUUGUCAAAGAGUGAGAGAGAGUAUGUCUGUGUGUGGAAGGGGAACGCUGAAUAAAAAUAGUAUAAAAGCAUAAAAAAGCAGGAGAGAUUAAAGGCAAAGGGUAUGUGAUAUGAUGUACAAACGCGCAUAUAUUCAUCAAUGGAACGGACCAGUGAGGCUGUCCAAAGCCAGGUGCUGACUCAAGACGUACUCGAGGCUGGAGCCUGCUGUCCUGCCUGAAGGAGGGGUGCCUCUGUCGUCACACAUACACACAAACACACACACACACACACACACACACACACAAUCCACACGGAGCUGCGGCUAGAGGCAGAUAUAGAGACAGGGAGACACUGAGGAACACCCAGACUACCAUUAACCAUGGCCGAUAUGGUUCCUGUUUCAGAUGCUCUGACUGUGGCUCUGAACGCCGUCAGUGUGAGCACUGAGCUUGUAGAGGAGGAACUGAAGCCUCAUUUGGACACCCUAUUGAAUGUCUUACUGGAGAAGAAAAUGGGUGCUGCAGAGCAGAUAGCCUCGAGUGGAAUACUGCCUACACUGGCCCAGGCACUGAGACAAAAAGGCUCCCUCACAAUACAAGUGACUCUGUUGGUGGCUGAAACGGCCAGAGAAGCUUCUGUAAGAGAAAGGUGUAUCCAGGCAGGUCUGGUGACUGCUCUGGUGCCUUUACUGAACAGCCCAGACCAGGAGCUGCUGCUGCACGCCGGCCGUGCCAUCGGACGCAUCUGCUUCGACAACACUGUGCAACAGACUCAGUUGGUGAAGAGUGGUGUUAUCCCUAGACUGGUGGCCAUUAUGCACCAGUACCCAGAGAAUGAUCCACUAGUCAAUGUCUGCCUUCUGGCCUUGUGUAAUCUUGCUGAUGUGGAUGCAGCGAGAGAAGCUUUGGCAGAAGUCGGGUUGGCAGAUGUUCUGACCUCACAGCUGAAGCGUGCCCCAGAUGCUGAGCGCCGCCAUCUUAUCUUAGAGGUGCUGGGCUCCCUGGGAGAGAGUGAUGCACUGAAGCUCCAGUUUGUCGAGGGUGGCGUGCCUGAAGCUCUCUCUGAAAUGAUUAGAGGAUUGCAGAGUGACUCCAACCCUCAUGACCUGUGUAGUAUAAAAAUAGCGUCCAACCUCAUUGUAACACUGCUACUGGGGGAUGAAUCCAUGCAGAAAUGUUUUGGAGAGGGAACAGGGGUUGUGUAUCAGGAUGUUUUGUCCUGGCUACAGUCUUCUAACACUCAGCUUCAACUGUCUGGAGCUCUGGCAGUUGCCAACUUUGCCAGGAAUGACAGUAAUUGUGUAAAGAUGAUGGAACUGGGCAUUGUCCCGUAUAUCCUGGACCUGCUAGAGCAUCAUGUGGAUGAAGGUGAUGUGUCAGUGCAGCACGCAGGCCUUAGUGCUCUCAGAAAUCUUGCUAUACCAGCAUCUAAUAAAGUGCGCAUGCUGGAGGAUGGAGUGAUUCAGCGGAUCAGGUCUCUGCUUCGCUCCGACAUGCCUCCCGUCCAAUUCAAGCUGCUGGGGACUCUGCGUAUGAUGGUGGAUGGCCAAGAUGAGGCAGCUACAGUUUUGGGCAAGGAUGAGAUUUUACUGGCACGGGUUAUGGAGUGGUGUGAAGCAAAAGACCAUGCUGGUGUAAGAGGAGAAGCCAAUCGGCUUUUAGCAGCACUUAUAAGACACAGUCGCUCACCAGAAGUCAUCCAUGCUGUUAUCAAGGCAGAUGGGGUCCAAUACCUCAUCUCUAUGGCAACCAGUGAACACGUCAUUAUGCAGAAUGAGGCUUUGGUUGCUCUAGCCAUCGCCUCUGCAAUAGAUAUUGAGGUGGUGGAAGAGCCGUUCAGUCAUGCUGAUCUGCUAUCCACCCUGAAGAAAAUGCUAGAUGACCCUGUAGGUGCAGUGGAAGUCAAAUUUAGCACAUUGGGGCUAAUUUGCAGUCUGGCCAACUCCAGCACACUGAAGGAGCAGAUGGACGCUCUGAACCUGAAAGACAGCUUGUCCAAGCUCCGCAGUCAUCCCAGCACCAAGCUGGCCUCACAGGCAGUAACAGUAAUGGAAGUACUCUCUGAGACUAGCUAGACCACCUGUCCAAACUCUCUGAUUGAUGGGACUGCUGACUAGAAGCACACUGUGUAUCCACUUCAUACACUUCUCAUCAACCCAGACUGAAGCGAUCUGAAGCAAUCUGUCCGUGAGCUCAGUAGGAAGUGAGGUAAUGGCAUUCUGGCACAGGAGCUUAACUGGCUCAUAAAUAAAGUAUCAUUAUAUGGUACAUUUCCUAUUAGCCCAACUGUUAUAACCUUGAGGAUAUACAGUACAGUACAGUACAUAUGCAUAGUAUAUGCUUUCCGCCUCCUGCACACAAGCACAAUUCUCUCUAAAAUCCAUUUCUUUAUCUGAACACUCUGAAGAGGUUAUUAUCAUUUAUAUUUAUAAUAUUAAAUAACAGAUUCUAAAUACAGAUUCUAAAUACAUAUAGACUGAGUUUUCUGCUCAGAUAUAUGCGCCUUGCAUUUAGCACUGGCUCAUUUUCUCUGACUGGUAAUGAAUCUAGCCUAGUAAUUGGAAUAUGCUGCUUUUUGUUUGAGCAGGUGUGAAGUUUGUGUAAAUAUGACACUCUGUCCUCCACUACAUUACCCAUACUCUUUGUUAAGAGGAUCGCUGUUCUUGUCUGAGAAAAUGAUUUCCAUUUGCAAUAAUUAUCUAGUCGUUAUAUUAGAAUUAUAACAUAGUUGGUUGUACUAAUAUUUAAUAGUUUUUUUUUAAUGCAAAUACUUUGAUCAUGUUGAUCAUUCUAUUAGCUACCCAUGAAUACAAGGAAGGUCUGAGUCCGUAUUAGCAAUACCAAGAAAUAUAACAAGAGUUGUGUUUAAGAUUCUCUAAUCUAUUAUAUGAAUAGCAAUUGUGCAAUCAUUGAUGUGUUUUUAAGUGUGACUGUGCUGUGGGUUAAUACAAAAUCUCUACACUAUAUAUGUUGAACUGUGUCACUAAUCUAUUCUUGAUUCUUGAUUCUUUGAAGAAAAAUCCCAGCUGAAAAGAAGUAAAUUUACAAUAGGCAGAUGAUGAGUGGAGAAGGACUAUCUGAUAAAAUCAGUUGAUGGUGAUGAAUCUUAGGGACUUUGAUUAGGAAAGAUUUUGGGUGACACAACUGCCCUACUGCAUCACCCACCCUCUCAACAACAAUUCAUUACAGGCAAUUUAUCAAAUACUUCUCCUCUAUAUUAGACUAGACGACUAGACUAAAUUGCACAAUCUCUGUCUGUCCUUGAUACUGCCACUGUAGCAUGUUGAGUAGACUUAUAAAUGAACUGUUUGUAGUGUUAUACUAGAAACAGUGAAAUGCACAUAGUGGUAAAAAAAAUCACAGGUUUAGGCAGUGGUUACAUUCACCAGGAAUAUUAUGAAGGGUGCUGUAGCAAGCAAUGCUGUCACACCCUGACUCCAGAGUUUCUGGAUUAAUCUUGAGCUCAGCUCAUCUUCUUGUGUCUGAGUGUGUAUUGUUUUCUCCAGUUUCUUCACGCCUUAUAGAAAUUAAGCCUAUGUCAUGGACUUUACACCCACUGACCAAAAUAAAGCAGUUACUAUUAUGAAUGAAUUAAAUGCAUUAAUGUGUUGAUUUUCCAUGACUUUUAACCUGGAGAUGGUGGAACUCUCUUUGGAAUAAAUAAGCUACGUUGGGAGUGUUUUUUGACUUUUACCUAUUUAAUUACAUAGUUAGUGCAGGUAGCAUGUUUGUGCAAUGGGUCAUGUAUAUACAAAAAUGUAUGAGAGUGUGUGGUGUCUUGGGAUGCACUGUAAACUGCAUUGUGUUCCUGUUUUUGCAUCCUAAGGCUCCAGAUCAUUCAUCAAACAAAAAACAGUUGCAGAAAUAAGGGAAUUAUAUAUGGUUAUUGUAGCCUGUUGCACUUCUUUUUGUAUCCAAAUCAAAUUAUGGUUGCAAUUUUCCAGGUCUUUCUUUUAGGUCUAACAAAUGUCAUUUCUUAUGACUAAGACAUAUACAGCACUUCACUAGCCACAAGGUGGAGACAACAGCAACCCUCAAUGUAUAAAUCUUUGAGGUCCGAGCGUUUUUGGUGGCACAAUUGGGACCUAGUGGGAAAUAGUGUAGAAAGCAUGGAGAAAAUGUUUAUUGAAGGUUGCUGUUAUCUCCAUCUAGUGGCUAAUGAAGUGCUGUAUAUGUCUUAGUCCUAAGAGCUGACAUGGAUCCAUGAGCCUCAUGAAUUGGACAUGUUUGUCCAGUACAUCCCACAGAUGCAUGAUUGGAUUAAGAGCUUGGGAAUUUUAAAACUGUAAAGUGCAAAUAUAAAACUCUGUCAUGUUCCUCAAACGAUUCCUGAACAAUUUCCAGGGCACAUUUUCCUGCUGAAGGAGGACACUGCCAUUAGGGAAUAGCAUUGCCAUGAAAGGGUGUACGUGGCCUGCAAAAAUGUUUAGAUAGGUGGUACAUGUCAAUUUAACAUACAUAUGAAAGCUUGGACAUGUAUGCCCUUUGUAUGCACUUUCUUUGGGGGACAGGGGUCAGCAUGGGCACUCUGUUCUGUUAUGCACUGUGUAUCUGACACCUUUCUAUUAUAGUACAGCAGUUCAUUUGUGGGAUUGCAGAGAUGUUGUAGCCUAGUGUUUAAGGUGUUGGACUACCAAUCGGAAGGUUGUGAGUUUGAAUCCCAAGUCCACCAAGCUGCCAAUGCAGGGCCCCUCAACACGGCCCUUAAUGCUCAGUUGUAUAAAAAUAAGCUAAAAUAUAAGUCAUUCUGGACAACUGCUCUUGGUAGGUACUAACCACACUAACCACUGCAUACCGGGGACACCCCUCAAGACCUGCUGUUGUGGUUUAACCAAGUCAUCUAGACAUCACAAUUCGACCCUUGUCCAUUUUUCCAGCUUCCAACCCACCAACUUCAAGAACUUUCUGUUCACCUUUUGCCUAAUAUAUCCUUGUGUACUGGUGAAAUGUAUAAAAAUAUCUACGCUGGAAUGUUCCAUCCCAUAAGAAAUAAACAGUUGUUUGUGCUAUUUUUCUAACAGUGUACACUGAAAUUAAUGUAAAGAUUUAUUUAUAUUUUAUAGGCUUGGAAGGUAUUUACAUCUAUUGGAAAGUACUUACAUCUAUAAUGGUUGUUGCACAUAUUUUUCUCCUUACAUAAUUGCGGCACUACUGUGGAUGAGUAACUGAACAGAUGGCUCUUCAAUUCAUUUUGACCAGCUGUCUGUUGCUGCAUCUUUACGCCAUGUGAAAGCCAACAGCUGAGCUAAAAAUAUGCAAUUUUCAAGCUGUAAAAUAGUCACGAUGUAGUGCAUAAUUUUAUUAGAGACAAAUGAUGUUCCACAGCAGGUACAGGAUGCUUAUAUGCUCAUGUUUGUUGGGACACAGGUCUAUAAUUAUUUGAAAAACUAAAGUAUAUUACCACAAAGGAUAAAAAAUGAAAUCUAAACUCUAUUGGGCCACUGUUCAGCUAUUGAAGGCAGGAAUGAAGGCUUAAAUCAACUCUAGGAAAAAAAACAACAAUAAGAAGUUAUGCAUUUUCCAAAGGUCCUAAUUGAAUUAUUUCAAAUCAGUUUUAUUUAAAGCACUUUUAAUAAUGGAGAGUGUCAUAAUGCAGCUUUAGAGAAAUUUACAGCAUUUCAGCAGUCAUUGGUUGACAAAGAGUCUCAACCACGUCCAAAUUUGUUUACAAAUAUCGUUUGACAUAAAAGAGGAGGCUUGCAUGAAUAAUUAUUUUUCAUGUGCAAUCACGUUAUUCACACAAUAGCAUGUGUUUAUAUCAAUUCAUGUGCUGUAAUGAACCCUCACUUAACUAUUAAUGUGAUCAUUUUUAUGUGAUUUACAAGUGGAUCAUUUAUGUCCUUUCCCAAAUGACUAAAAAACUAAAAAAAUACAUUUUCUUCCAGUGACUGGUGAUUUUGAUAACCUUGUGCAUUUGUGUGCAUUCAUGAGUAUGGGGCAUGGCUCUGUCGAGGGUGGGCUGAAUGUAGCAUAUGGACACUCUCUGUGGGAAUAUGAGAAAUUGGGCCACAGGCCCAGAGUUCAGUUUCCUCUGCUUUUAUUAUCCAAAACCUGUACAGCACAGAAUUAUUACAAGUGAAGGUUCCCUAACGUGUUAUACUAUAACUUGAUAAAUCAAUGAUCCUUAUUUUGGCUGCAUAUAGUCAUGUAAUGGAGAAGAAGGCAACAUACAAGUGUAAAUUUAUUUAUUAAUUAAAGUCAACGUAAGGAUAAACUGUGAUACAAAGCAAAUCCAUACAGCCUAUGGGUGAUAAUAUGACACACAACAACACAAGAACAAAAGCUUGACAUCAACUUCUUUGGUGAUAACAUGGCACACGUGGUUCCAUAAGCUUGGGAUUUUGAUCAGUCAUCAUUUUACCAUGUCUAAAUUCUAACAAAUGCACUAAAACAAAAUAGUGGAAAUAAAUAAAAAGAAAAACAUUUACUGAAAACCUUUUAUGUAUUGUUUAAUAUACUUUUUAAUUUAUUUUACUAAUUUUAAAUUAAAUUAAUAAACAACAACAAACAGAGCUAAACAAUACAGGUGAUAAAUGAUCACUUUUGAAUCGAUUUGCCAUAUAAAAUAUCCUUUUGUUUAUGACCUCCUGUUAUCAGGAAAGCCUUAUUAAUCCUUUUAACAAAUAGCGGAUUACAGACGGAACAAAUAUGCAAAAACUUUCUCUACCAGGUGUUAGUAAGAAAACCCACCUGUACAGAUACAAUUGUGAACACACUCACAUGGCUGUGUGGGUGUGGCUGCAUUAUGUCAUGUGAAAAGGCCCUGAGAAAAAGCCUUGCUGGAGGGUGAAAGGGAGAGAGGAACAUUACCCUUUGGAACAGAUGAAACUCACCUGUGUGAAGGAGUGCCAUUUAGACUGAAAGGUGCAGCGUACUGUAGAAAUACUGGAAACCUCUUUCAACAAGGGUAAGAAGACAUUUUUAGUCUAUAUUUAAAAUAAAAACUCUGAUUCAUUGCUCUACCUACACACUUACAGCAUGGCCGUAGAUAAGAAAAAUGGCGCAGGGACUUUGUGCUUGUGUCAGUCAGCUACAUACUUGAUCUGUCUAGAGUAAACUAUGUCACUGAUAGUGGGAACUAGAUAUUUCACAAGCCAGAGUAUUUAUUUGCCAUCAGUGUCAUCAUGGCCAGAAUAAAGCAUUUAAGGUGUUACUUUUUCAUAUUCUGUAUAAUAAAAAAGAGAAAGUACCGUAUAAUAUGCUUUCUGGAUUUCAUUCAUAUAUAAAUUCACAUAUAAAUUCAUAUAUUUUUACCACUUUAAGUGUCUCGACUUAUAGAACAUAAGACUUAUAUUUAUGACUUAUAGAACAUAAGACAUAUUUAUGACUUAUAGAACAUAAGAAACCUCUACAUAUAGAAUUGUUUGUUUGUAUCACAGUCUUCACAUUUACCUUUACUUCAGCUCUGCUAUUAUCAGUAAAGCGAGCAGAUCAUAAAUUGUUUUAUUAGACAACGUGUGAUGCAAUAACUUAGUUAUUAUAUAAUAGUAUAAAGACUUUUCUCUGUUUUGGUCUGUAUACAUUUUAAACCUACUAAUAAUACAGGCAGAAAUUUUUAGAAAAGGAUUGUUAGCGCAAACACUGAUGUUUGUUAAAAAAAAGAGAGAGAGAGAGAGAGAGAGAGAGAGAGAGAGAGAUGGGAAUGCAGUCCUUUUCAAAUAUAUAAACUUACUGACAUAACAACAACCUGCAGGCACAUUUACAUUUGCAUUAGUACUAAGUCACUGUUUUUUUUGGCAGUUUUAAUAACUUGUGUGGUUAUUUUGAACCUAAGAUGUGUGAGAGUUACUGGCUCUGAAGAGUCAGGAUAAAAACGUCAGUAUUUUCCUGACCUCAAGAGACCAUUGUUAUAAGUUCUUUUCCUUUAAUUCCAACUCAAUUUUGUAGAUGUUUGCAGCCCCGCAACUAUCCAAUUGUUCUUUUUCAGGGUUAGGUCUCGGUCCAGCUCUGUCGAACACUCACAGGCUCAGCAUUUACCACAAAUCACAAGGCUAAAAUAAUCUAUAAUUUCCAUGUAAAGCUAUUAGCUGCAAAUCCAUUCAGAAAGAUUAUGUGGGUAUUAGUUGGGCCACAAGGACAGGAUGUUGCUGAAAUUGUUUAGUGAUCUCUCAAACAGAUACUAGUUCAGUGUUCAGAGUCUCGCCAACAAAGAGGCAGGCAGAGAUACAGUACAGUUACAGUAGCUGUGAAAUAGAGGUGCACUUCUUCUUUACCCUCUUCUCUAUAAAAUCUAAAAUUAUGUUUAUAAAUUUUUGCCUUUAUAUUUCAAACACAUUUACCUUCUCUUUUGUGUCUUUUGCUCAGGACUCCCCUGUUAAAAAUGUGUUAACAUUUCUGUUAUUACAUGUGAGAGUGGAUACUGAUGUAUUUUUUUCAGGUGUGUCUUGCAGAGAAGCAAAAAAGAGCCAAAACAGGAAUCAGCAAUCCCAUUGAGCAACGAUGUUGCCAUGGCAACAGCGAGAGAGUGAUGGUGAGAGCUGAGUGAGCUGCUAGAUGUUGUGAGUGGAAAUAGGGGUAAGAGGAAGAAUCCUGCAGCGUCUUUCGGGUGGAAGGAGAGCCAAUAACACGGAGGAUGCAAAAUAAAACUGUUUAAACUGUGCACAAAUUUAAAAAUCUCUCACUUUUUUACAGGUCGAUAAAGGCACAGCGAGGUUGACUGUCUGACUACCAUUCUGUCCUUAUAUCACAGUAUGCCCUCUUUAUCUCCAUGUCCCACCCCCUCACCCCCUUCAC